CCAAUGCCCAAACACACGUCAAAAACUUGAGACCAAGAGAUGGUACAAAAUUAGUAUGUGAUUUGUUAGCAUUUUUUUUAUUUUUGAUGUGAGGAAGAAAUUUAAACAAUGAUUGAAAUGUUUGUAAAUCACGAGAGCGCCAGCUCAUAGCACAGCCCACCCCAGAGGCGUCUCUCGGUCAAGAACUCAACCAGAUCCAUCCACCACCAGACCCACAUUGCUUCCGUCCGCAAUUCUGCCGCUGUUGCUGCGGUUGAUUGAUUCCUCUUGACGUUUUUCCAAUCGGAAUGAAAAAGAUUUCGGUUUAAUCUAUUCCGGUGAUAAUUUGUGAGAAGAGAGUUUUUUGAAGAUCUUUGAAUCGUAUUUGGAUUUUUGACUCUCUGGAGGAAUGGCGAGCGAGGAGCUGGCGGAGAUCGAGGGCCAGAUUUCGGAUAUCUUUCGAGCGCUUUCGAAUGGAUUCCAAAAGUUGGAGAAAAUCAAGGAACCCAAUAGGCAGAGCAGGCAGCUGGAGGAGCUGACUGACAAGAUGCGUGAAUGUAAGAGGCUUAUUAAAGAGUUUGACCGAGAGUUAAAGGAGACAGACUACAAAAAUGACCCUGAUACAAGCAAGAUGCUCAAUGAGAAGAAGCAAUCAAUGAUCAAAGAGUUGAACUCCUAUGUUGCUCUCAAAAAGCAGUAUGCAAGUCAAAACAAACGAGUGGAUGUCUUUGAGGGUCCAGGUGAAGGAUUUGCAGAAGAGAAUGUGCUGCUUGCUUCGAAUAUGUCAAAUCAGCAGCUAAUGGAUCAUGGAAAUCGGAUGAUGGACGAGACUGAUCAAGCAAUUGACAGAGCAAAAAAGGUUGUCCUUGACACCAUUGAUGUUGGAACAGAGACUGCCGCAGCUCUCAAAGCUCAGACUGAACAAAUGAGUAGAAUCGUUAACGAGCUGGAUUCCAUCCAUUUUUCGCUCAAGAGGGCCUCACAGCUUGUCAAGGAAAUCGGUAGGCAGGUUGCAACUGAUCGGUGCAUCAUGGCCCUUCUUUUCCUUAUAGUGAUGGGUGUCAUAGCUAUCAUUAUAGUAAAGAUAGUGAACCCAAAUAACAAAGAUAUUCGAGAUAUACCAGGGUUAGCUCCUCCAGCUCCAGCCCGGAAAUUACUAUGGAGUUCUGAUUGAGGAGUGCUCAAUCAGAUUUCAUCGAGGUUACAAAUUAUCUGGCUUUUGGUUGGAUGAAAAUUUUGGUUGGCACAGUACUGGUGGCAUCCAUGUUAACCAAAGUAAGGUUUUGACAGAUAAAAUUCUAUCAGCACGAUGAUCUGUAGCCAUCAAACAAUGUCAUGCCACCCAUGUUUGUAUCACAUCGAAAUGGAUACUGGGGAAACUGUGCAUUUAUAUUGACCUAUAUAUUUUCAAAGUUUGGAUUCUUUUCCAUUUGGAUGAGGUGUAUUUGAUGUAUAUGCGGCUGGUAUUCUUCUUCUAUAAGGUUGGUUAUUCAUGUAUUUAUAAACUGACUCAUAUCAUAUGCUAUCUUGGAGGAAUAUUCACUCUCAAA